AUGGACUACACAGACAUCUACUUGCGGCAGAGACGCGAUGAAAACUCCGUGCCGCACGCAUCCUCGGGGCCAGUGGGGGUGGAGACGGCCGCGGAGCAGCGCGUGGAGCGUGUGCUGAAGGGGGCCUUUUCAGUUCAGCAGCUUGUGGAUCGCAUCGAAGGACUUUCCACACGCGUCGACGCGUUCGAUGAGAAAAUGUUGAAUCUGACAAAGCUGGUGAAACUGGCUCAAGGUCUUCAAGAAGACAAGGAGGGGGAGCUUCGACGCCAACAACACGAACUUCGCUCCCGGUUAAAACGGCAGGAGCACCUUACAACCCGACUGCAGGAAGAACUUGCCGUGUUGAGGGAGCAGGUCCCCUCCGCGAUACGGGACAAAGUUAUAGAGGCUCAGCGAGAAAAUAUGAAUGAAGUAAUCAGAGCUUGCAAAGAACGUGAAGAAGAAGUGCACCAGCUCAGAGGGGAUGUCGAAAACGCUGUCAAGGCUCUUCAGGAGGAUGCCAAGCAGAAUGCGAUAGCUGUGCAGAGGGAAAUUUCCACAUCUGCCUCGUCCCAAGCAGAGACUCAGAACAGACUACGCGAGCAGUUGUCUCUCUUGGAACAGAACGUGAGGGCGCUGGAGGUGGGCAGGGUGAGCACUGAAACGACCCGCCUCGCCCCUCUGGAGGCUGCGGUGCUUCGGGUGACUGAGGCGUUGGAUUCGCUGCAGCCAAAAGUGGGCGCGGCCUCCGCUGCCGUGGAGGCGCUCGGAGAAGAACGGCGACGCGACCACGCCGCCAUCGCGGAUGAGAUGGAGUCCACGAGGGAGUGGGCAACACGAAACCUCCAGCGCGUCAGGCAGCACGUGGGGGCGCUCUCCUCUGAGGUUGCGCAGCUGCAGCGCGAGCAGGCGGAUCUCGCAGGGCGGCUUCGCCGCGUGAGUUGCCAGGCCGACGUGGAAUACAAGAAACUUCGGAUCCUCUUACAGCAGAAGGCGCGGGAGGCGGACGCCCUUGGCGGCCUGGUGGGGAAAGAGCUCGGAAAAGUGGAGGACAUGGCCGAGCGGCACCAGGGGCUGCGAACAGAGGUCGGCGCCCUAAAAGACAUGGCGUUUUAG